AUGGCGCGUCCGGCAAUCCUCGAUCUUGAAGUUGAAAUCCUCGCCAGCAUAUUCGAAUUCGUCGAUGAUCAGUCACCUCGAAGCACCGCAGCCGUCGCCCAGGUCUGCAAACAAUUCAACAGCGCCGUCGAGUACAUUCGGUAUCGUCGUGUCACCAUCCAAUGGCAUGGAACGAAAUGCUCAUGGGUGGAUUCGAAAAGUCGAAUUGAGCAAGAUUGGCAGAACCCUGAUUUACUCCGCGGCCUUCGACAUCUCACUGUCUGCAGAGGCGAUCUACCUGCACUGGUCGAUGAGGGUGAGGACGAGCUGGCUGACAACGUCAACUCCAACGAGGAUGAAAACGACCCCCUUACCACGAUGGGAAAUCCUUUCGGCCAAUUAAAAAGCGUCCUUCGUGAUGCCAGCAACCUCAAGACACUGGUCUGGAAAGUCGGCUAUUUCCCACCUUUAGGAAUCACGAAGGCCUUGUACGCUUAUCAGCCAAAGACGAAAUUAAACCUCUACAAAGCUGAGAGACUUGCCAGUCCUGUUGGGCUGUUGGCCGCGGAGGCGGGUCUGGCUACACUGCCCAGUCUCACCACCUUUUCCAUGACGGCCUCCCACGGAACCUGCAUCGAAGACCACAUGACCUUCCAGGUGGUACUGGCUCUGGCACCGAAUCUGAAGUUUGCAUCUCUGGUCUCACUGCCCCUGAUGCGGCCGGGUGACCCAGAGUUGGCCAGCCGCUGGCGAGCCAAACCCGAACUGUGGUUUCCCAAGGAAUAUGCCAACAGAAGGCCGAAUUCCGCUCUGCGUCAUCUUACUUUGGACGGUUGGUGCUUGUCCGCCGAAACGCUCGACUACUGGUCGCGGUACGUCAACUUGGCAUGCUUGGAGAGCUUCAAGUGUAGCCGAGGAUCCGUGUACGCUUCAUUUUUUCAACGCGCUCCACAGCUGUUGACCCGUCUCAAGCACAUCAGCCUGAACCUCAACCCUCAAGAACGCAACGAUGAGACAGCUGCAGCGAUCGAGCAGUACAUUGCCACAUGCGCUGGUCUGUCGAGUCUUAGUUUGUGGUCGUGGAGAGGUGGGGUAUCACUUUCUACCAUUCUUAGUCGACACGGGCCCACUCUCACCGCAUUGCACCUUCAUGAGCGCGAGGAUUCUUGGUAUUCGCUGAGAGAUACCCUCUCGGCAGAGGAGCUCAGAUCCAUCCGACAGUCCUGUCCACAGUUGAAAGAGCUCACCUUUGAUAUCAAUCGGACCUCCCAGCUACUCCGCCUCGAAGAGUACGGGGUCAUGAUGGAAGAGCUUCGCAAGUUCAAGCUGGACAAGUUGCAGAUUUAUUUGGAUUGUGGUGUGCCCUGGCUGGCGGAUACUGGCGGGAGAUACGACCACGAUGGAAAACCCGUCGAUGACAGAAGAAUGCCGGAUGUCAUUGAUAGCGACUUCGCAUUCUGCUCCGGCGACGACCAAUUUCGUUUCGCCUCCCCUGUCCGCGUUCGACCCAGGGCCUCUGAAAAUGCCGACAGGGAAAUUGUAGCAUACCCUCCAUCGUCGAACAAGCAGAUGUGCAGCUUCCUCGUCUCGACUUGGAAAACGGUGUUUGGAUCUCAGACGCAAGGCGCAAGACAGCUAACCAUCAAAUCCGGAGAAUGGGAGCGCCUAAAUACCCCCGUCCUUCCACGACUGCGAGGACAACGAGACGUCAGGGUGUGCUGUCGUGCUUGGCCACAUCAGAGGGACGACAAGCAAGGGACGUGUGAGAUCGAGAUCAUUUGCUGUCAGGGGGAGCACAAGAGGAGGUUUACCAGCAGGUAG